GAAGAAGAAGAAGGAGGAGGCCAUCGACGUCUAGGUUGUUUGCGCAGAAGUCGUUGUCGAACGAUCCGGUUUCCGGUCCAGAGUCCCACUGAAACCGGACAAAAUAGCAGCAUUAUGGGUGUGACGGUUGAAGUGGAGUAUUGUGGUGCGUGAGGUUACGCGCCCCGCUUUCAGGAGCUCAAACGCGGUGUCAUCGCUGAGUUUCCCGAUGCGGUGGUGUCUGGCAGCGUUGGAAGACGAAGCAGCUUCGAGGUUAAAAUCAACAAGCAGCUUGUGUUCUCCAAGCUUGAAAUGGGUGGAUUCCCAUACGAGGAAGACAUCGAGGAUGCAGUCAGGAAAGCCUAUGAUGGCAAACCUGUGGAGAAGAUAACCAGAAGCCAGGCACCUUGCGUCAUUUUAUAAGUCACGUGUUGUCCUGCCUCCCGCCUGCCUACAACAUCACCUCCCCUCCCAGGUUUACUGGGAGACUUAAGCCUGUAAAACAAGAUUGCUCUGUGCGAAGCUGCUUUAAAUCAUCUCCAAGCGCUGCUAUGUCAUCUGGCUCCUCUUUCUGUUCCCAUAGUGAUGCUCCAGGCUGUUAAUGAUUGCUGUAGCCUAAAAAAGGUAACGGUUAUGGUAUGAUGAAGCUCUUCCUGGAAUUGCAGACUCUUAUGAGAACAGAAUGGGAGAAGAUGCCGCACAAGGGGUCAGAGGGAGCUCGCUUCAAAAAAAAAGGAAAAAAAAAAAACCAUUAAUUGUAAAACAUUACUUGCCGCACUGUUUUUUUGUUUUGUAUUAUCUAGUUAGCUUUUCUCUGCACAACUGCCUCAUUGAAUGCAAGUUUCUGGGUAACGUAACUAAAUAUUUUCUGUCAUGUCUGCAAACUAAAACGUCAGCUGUGCCUCCUCCUGCAGAUUUGUAAUCAUUAGAUUGUAAUGUUUCUGAGAUGAAUGAAAAUUGAAUGUCUUUAGUCAAAUUACAGAAUAUU